GUUCUAGUCCUGGUGACGAAUUUGCUCCAUCUCCUGGUCACCAACGAAUCCUAUCAUCUACCGAGUUAGCUCCAAUCGCUUUGAUUGAUCCAAAUGAUUCUCGUUGGGUAUCCUUCUCCGCGGAACUCGUGUCCGGAUGUCUAGCUGUCAGUGGCGAUGGAGGUGCCUUCCUCCAAAAAGCGUACUGCCUCCUUGUUGAAUCGGGUGAUGGCGGCGGUCUUGCCCUAGAGAGGCCCCUAUCCAUAUGGGGUGGUAGACUGGCUAUCAACUGCUUAAGCUAUUGGGUGAGUGGGGCGAGAGUCCGUUCCUCACGAAGACAAAUUGUCCAGAUCAAGGUGGAUCAAGCGGGCUUCCUGGACAAUGCGCCCGACCCGGCUCUAGCGCUAGACUUGGCUUAUUGCGAAAUGACAGAUACCUUUCUUCCGCAACCAACUGGAGAUGUCCUUUCCAUGAAUGUCCCGGUCCUACUCCCCUUGCGUCAAGUUACUGGCUUGAUUAUUGUGAAUGACCCAACGCAACGAGAGAACAUUGUUCAUGGAACCAGCAAGUCGAAGGAACUUCGAGGACCGGUACAACAAAAUCUGUACAAAAGUGAAGGCACCUUAAGUCAAAUUAGGGUGAAAGGUCAAGUUUUGCAGUUGAGCGGCCCUCUGUAUCUGCGAUUAUGGAAGUUUAAGAGGGUUCAAACCACCUCUAGUUUGACUUCAUCCAAUAAAGCGAACCGAUGGAUCAUUGAAUCGAGUCAUAUAGCUGGAGAAUACACCCUUCACUCUACGGCACUUCAUGACCAAUAUAGUCUCAAGAUCUUUAAAGAAGAUUAUCUAGCCUCGAGCUCCUACGGAGACCCCGUCAAUCCUCUUGGUGGAGAAGACAUUUCCAAUUCAGGUCAACAUUCACCUACCAUCAAACGCCUUGAACAACGAAAGGGUUUUCUCGAGAUAGAAAGUAUAAGAUGCCACGAACUUGGAUCCGCAGAAGUAGCAGCCCAU